UAUUUAAAACCAAAUAAUUUGUCAAGGGGUGUUGUUACACAUGAAAUGAUACCGUAUCAAUGAUUAUUUAAAUUAUAUAAAUCCAUACCGAAACCGUAAAAUUUAUAUAUUUUGUAAACAAGGAGGAAUAAUAUAAUCAACUGAAUGGGCUACAAUCGGUAAGAUGGCCCAGAUUAAAAAGCCCAAGAGCAAUGAAAGCAGAUAUUUUGCAUCGCCACGUGUCGAAACCAGACACAUAAAGUCAUUUACACGACAUAGGCGUUUGAGACUCGUGGCGGGGCCCGAGUAAAACCGUUAAGCUGCUGCUUAAUGACCUUAUAACCCCCAGACUAAUUAUCCCGUAGGCUGUUAGAGCUAGGGGUAAUUGCGUAAACUGCGAAAAUGAAGCAGAAUUAGAUGAUUAAAUUCUCUAUUUAUUCACAAUUAUGAUUUUGGCCCCUUGUUCUUUCUCAUUACCUCAGUGCCACCCAUUUCCAGAGAGGACACAGCCCUUUUUCAUCCUCUUUUCUCUCUUAAAAACCAUUUCUUUCUUUCUUUUUCUGAUAGUUUUGUUUCUCUCUGAAAAGUUUCCUUCUUUGAUUCAGCCUUUUUUUGAAAGUUUCUGUUUUUGUCAAAGUCUGUGAUUGGCAUUCUUGGUAAAUAAAACGGUGGAUCUGAUGUGGUGGAUGAUGGGAGAAGCUGGUGGACAUUACUGUUCUAAGAAGACUGAUGAUAUCUGUGGCGCUCUCUGUAGUCAGGUUCGAUCUCUUUCUUUGCGUGCUCGCUCUUAAACCACAUUGAUGCGUGGAGAAAAAACAAGAUCUUAACUUCCCUUUCCUCUAAAGUUCGAAACUUUCACUCCUUUUUCAAGAAACUGGUAGAUUCUCCAGCUUCUCCAGACUCUGUUGCGCUCUCCGCGGCGUGGACAUGAAGACAUACAUCUUCCUACUAGUCAUCGUCCCGACAUGUCUCCUCGCCGGUUACAUCCACGGCCAGAAGAUCUCCUACUUCCUCCGGCCACUAUGGGAAUCCCCACCGAAACCUUUCCACGACAUCCCUCACUACCACCACUCCAACGCCUCCAUGGCCACUCUCUGCAAACUCCACGGCUGGGGAGUCCGAGAGUUCCCUAGACGCGUCUACGACGCCGUUUUAUUCAGCAACGAGCUCGACAUUCUCUCUAUCCGCUGGCGAGAGCUCUACCCUUACAUCACUCAGUUCGUCCUCCUCGAGUCAAACUCCACCUUCACAGGCCUCCCCAAGCCUCUCGUCUUCGCUUCCCACAGAGACGAGUUUAGUUUCAUCGAGUCACGUCUCACUUACGGCUCCCUCGGUGGGAGGUUUAUCAAAGGGAUGAACCCUUUCUACGAGGAGGCGUAUCAGCGAGUGGCGUUGGACCAGCUUCUGAGGAUCGCUGGGAUCACUGAUGAUGACUUGUUGCUAAUGUCUGACGUGGACGAGAUUCCGAGUAGACACACUAUAAACCUCUUGAGAUGGUGCGACGAGGUGCCUAAGAUACUUCACUUACGGCUCAAGAACUAUCUUUACUCCUUCGAGUUCCUUGUUGACAACAAGAGCUGGAGAGCUUCUGUGCAUAGGUACGAGACGGGGAAGACGCGGUACGCUCAUUACCGACAGUCUGAUGAGAUUUUGGCGGAUGCGGGAUGGCAUUGCAGCUUUUGCUUUAGGAGGAUUAGUGAGUUUGUAUUCAAGAUGAAGGCUUAUAGCCAUAGUGAUAGAGUGAGGUUUAGGCGUUUCUUGAAUCCUGAGAGGGUUCAGAGAGUUAUAUGCAAAGGGGGUGAUCUUUUCGAUAUGUUGCCUGAAGAGUAUACUUUCAAGGAUAUUAUAGGGAAGAUGGGUCCGAUUCCUCAUUCUUUCUCGGCUGUUCAUCUUCCUUCUUAUCUCCUGGAGAAUGCAGAGAAGUAUAGAUUCCUCUUGCCGGGAAAUUGCAUCAGAGAAAAGGAAUGUUAGAUGUGAAUUUUCACCACACAGUCUUACUGAUCUCUCUACAUUGAGAGAAGAAAAAGGUUGGCUUGAAUCCUCCUCUGGGCUAAAAACACUCACACAACUGAUAGAUAAUCUCUGCGUUUUUUUGUCUGAGGCGUAUUGGUGUCAGUGGAAGCUGCAGAGUAUUUCAAGAAGACUAUUAAAGAGUAAAGAUUUUCUUGUAUAUAGAUAGAUCUCUUUGUUUCUUCAGGAUUCUGAUUUUGGAAUCUGGCAUGAAAACCUUCAUUACUUGUGUGAUCUUCUAUCUUCAAACAUGAGUAUGUGUUCUUCUUCUGAAUUUCCCCUUUGGGAAGUUUUGCUUUAAGACAUUCUUUGGUUGGCCUUAUUGUACAUCUGUCUCUUCCUCUCUA